GUGCCUUCGAAAGGUUGCCAGCUCCCAGUGUUUGUAGUGGAAGGCGUCGAAAGCAUCCAAACUUUAUACAAAAUUCAGAAUGAGCGAUACUACUAGUAAGAGAGAUGAGUUAAUUCAACUGGCCAAGUUGGCCGAGCACUCUGAACGGUACGAUGACAUGGUAGACGCCAUGAAAGAAGUUACCAAGAUGGAUUGUCCGUUAGGGGAAGAGGAUCGUAAUCUUUUAUCGGUCGCGUACAAGAACGUGGUCGGAGCUCGUCGCUCAGCUUGGCGAAUUAUUUCAAGUCUAGAACAGAAACACAAAGACAAAGGCGAGGAUUCUACAAUGGCCGGGAAAUAUCGCGAAAAAAUCGAAGCAGAGCUUGACGAAAAAUGUGAGGAAAUUUUGGAUCUUCUUGAUAACCAUGUCGAAGCGGAGGAUACAGAAGCAAAGGUUUUCUAUUUGAAAAUGAAAGGCGACUAUUACCGAUAUUUAGUAGAAGUUGCUCGUCCCGACAUGAGAGAAGAUAAAGAAGCGAAAUCAGAAAAGGCAUAUACCGAGGCUUCAGAAGAAGGUCAAAAGAAGCUGCCACCUACUCAUCCGAUUCGUCUUGGAUUGGCCYUGAAUUUCUCGGUAUUUUAUUACGAGAUUAAGAAUCAGCCUGAUAAAGCUUGUGAGCUAGCGAAAAAGGCAUUCGAUGAUGCUAUUGCAGAGCUUGAUCAAUUGAAAGAAGAAUCGUACAAAGACAGUACAUUGAUAAUGCAGUUGUUGAGAGAUAAUCUUACACUGUGGACAUCUGAGCAGGAGCAAGAUAACCAAGAGCCCGAAUCAUGAAGGACAUAUCAAACGUUUCAAASUAGGCAAUUAUGUGAAUUUCGAAAKUCCAAAUCUGUMCAAUUACAGUAAUGCUAUCAAGAAUAUUUUUCGUUAAUUUUCAGGUGAACUAAACUUAUGACACGCACAGGAGACUUGAAAAUUGACACUUUGCGAAAUUGUUCAUAGUGAAACGGCGUUCUUUACUCGGCAUCCUACUCAAUCCUAAAUCUUUUCCAGUCAUAAAAUCAGCAUUUUGGCAACACAUUUUGCUUAAAAUGAUACCGCCAUAUAUACAUGUUUGUGUGUAUAUAAAUAUGUGUAUUUAAAAUUGAUAAAUAAGCUUUUUCUUGCACUGUAGAUUAUUCAGCAGUUGUACGUAUUACCAUAAAUUUCUCUUUUCAAUAAAGGUAUGUAAAAGAAAAGAAUUCAGUUUGUUUGUUCUGGUCGGUUUACAUAUCAUCCAAUUAGCCUUAAAUGGGCAUGYUCUUUGUAAAGSUUGAUGUUAUUAGGCCUGCCUUAAUAAAUACUGGAUUUCAAUGGAA